AUGAUAGCAGAAGCGCCAAACCAGCGCGCGAUGAUCGCCGCGACUCGGCCGUUGCAGGUGACCGGCAGCGCGGAUGGGAUCGGUAUUCUGGGUAAGCUUAACGAGGUUCUCCUUGGAAAGGUUGAUGCGUUCACUCAAGAGUCGGGGCCCGCGAGGGAGGACAUAGUACAUGUCACCGGUAGUUUUGUUCUGAACGAUGCCCUCGGUGCUGGGAUCGAAAGGGAUGUUCUCGAAACUGGUGACGGGGUGUUCGUGGGCGGCGCGGUUUCGGACUUGUUGUGUGAUGCCGACGGCGAGGACGUGUACUUGGAUUUUGUUGUCGGUGGGAUUUCUGAUGUCUCCGUUCAUGAGGGAGGGGGCUGA